AUGGCUCCUUCUACCCUUCUUCUAAACCAUCUGAUUCCUCGAGACAGCAUUGAACUCGGGCGUCUCAUCGUCGAUCCCCAGUAUCCCGCCCAAGAUUAUUUCCAACCGUCCCCUACAGUAGGCUUCGAAACUUCGUCCAACGCCACCGUCCAGCAGAUCGAAGACUUCGAGGCAGUCCUAAGCCGCACCAAUAAUGCCAGAAUCCAGGCGAAAAUCCUCAGUCUCGUUACUCUCGGCCCCAUCUCGCACAGUCGGACCUCCUCGACAACGGUCAAGGCUCGAACGUGUGUGACACGGUUGCUGGAAAACCCACGGGACUUUCUGCGGGAUUUAUGUCGCGACGAGGUGGCCCGAACCUGGCUGGAAUCGGAGUUUCAGAGGCAGCCCCGGACGCUCAUGUCGGGCGGAUGGCGCGGCAGAAGCGUCUACCUGGUGUGCGGUUUUAAAUCACUCACGGAUGCCCGGGUCAGCCAAACGCGAGGCGUGGAGAACGGGACAGACAUCGCGGCCGCUGCUCCGCUUCCCAUCUCUCCCGUACCGGGGGUCGGUCUGGAUAUCGAGGCCGGCGUGGGAUUCACCAAGGCGAGCAGUGCCAGCUCCGAGUUCACGACCUCUGGGGAACACGUGUACGCGGUGCAAUAUAGAAAGUUACGCUUUUCGGCCUUCUCCAGCCGCAACGUCGACAACACAUUCCUAGAAAGCAAGAACAGGUGGAAAGUUUUGAUCGAUGUCAGAGGAGGCGGCAAUGAAACAGCGGUGGAAGACGGACUCGAAGUGGACGUCGACGAACCGCUCGGAGAGAGGGAUAUGAGAGGCCCGUACGUCAGACUCGAUGCAGACCAAGACGAGGUUUUCUACUGGGAGGAUGACGAAGCAGAAGAUGAUAUUGAGACAUACUAG